CAUUUUAAAUCCACAAAACCAAUCAAAUCUUCACAGAUUGCAAAACACAAAAUUAAAAAAAAAAAAAUGGGAGCACAAUGCUCUAAACAGGUGACACGCCGGAAACUGAUCGCCGACGAGAAAAAAACUCUCCGGGAACUAGAAAAGAGCUGCGGCUGCAACUUUCCGGGCUCCGAUCACCACCCCACCGACCGGAAAAACUGGAUUGCCGGCCUCAACCCGGAAAAGAUCCAUAUUAACCAGAUUGUGUGGCCCGGAACCCAUGAUUCCGGUACCAACAAGAUCGGAAUCCGAAUGAUCUCUCGCCCGUUCGCGCAAUGCCAAUCCCUCUCCAUCUACAAACAACUCGUACUCGGGACCCGACUUCUCGAUAUUCGUGUCAACGAAAACCGAAAAGUCUGUCACGGGAUUAUGGCCACGUAUAGUAUUGACGUCGUAAUUAAAGACGUCAAGAAGUUUAUUUCGGAAACUGAGUCUGAAAUAAUAAUUCUCGAGAUCCGCACCGAAUUCGGGCACACUGACCCGCCCGAAUUCGAGAAAUAUUUGGAGGAAAAACUAGGGGAAUAUUUGGUCCAUCAAGAUGACCAAGUGUUUAACAAAACAGUGGCUGAGAUUUUACCCAAACGAAUUAUUUGCAUCUGGAAGCCUCGAAAUUCGGACCCGCCGAAAACGGGUAGCCCGUUUUGGAGUUCGGGUUAUUUGAAAGAUAAUUGGAUCGACACGGAUUUGCCCGCAACGAAAUUCGAGAGUAAUUUGAAGUAUUUGGGUCUGCAACCGCCGGUUAGCUCGCGGAAAUAUUUUUAUCGGGUGGAGAAUACGGUGACACCACAAGCGGAUAACCCGGUUUUGUGUGUUAAACCGGUUACAAACCGGAUCCAUGGGUGUGGGAGGCUGUUUAUUGCGCAAUGUUUUGCGAAAAAUAUUGCGGACCGGUUGCAAGUGUACUCGACGGAUUUUAUUGAUGAAGAUUUUGUUGAUGCUUGUGUUGGUCUUACGUGGGCUAGGAUUGAAGGGAAAGCUUGAGUUUAUUGUUAUGUUAAAAGGUGCAUAUUAUGUUUUAGUGAUUUAUGUUUUAUUGUUUCAUUCUUGUUUGUAAAAAAUAUGUUUAUGUAAUAAGAAUGUGUGUGUAUAGGUUAUUGUUA